GGUUAAUGUCAUCUUAUGUGGCGCGUGUGGUUUGAAGAAACGAGAAAAACAAUGUACAGAUAGUUCUGCCAGAAGAUUUCAACUUUUUGCCGUUCAUUGGCCAGUCAAGUGGUACAGAGGCCUCCCAGAACAUAUGACAUGAACGGCAAUGUCCUAUGAACCGCCUGGGUUCAGUAGAAAUUCUCUCUAUGGGCACGAGAAAGUCUACCAAAGUAGCAGCAAAGUUGGUCCUACGAUUGUGAACUCUGAGAAGCCAGCUCUGAAUGGCAUCACGAGCUGUACUUCGCGUCCGGAAGAUGAAGACCAUCGCAGGGACUACAAACUUCUUAUUGACCCUGCAAUAAAGAAAGGCUACCAGAAAAUCUACCGAUAUGAUGGCGAGUUUCCAGGGCAAGCACCGAUUAUUCUUCGGGACCCACGUCCUAGACGAACUCGAAUUUGGACACUGAAUAAAGCAGAUUUGCCGGUUCCUAAUUUCAAGGUUGAUAAAUACUAUGUUGGAACGCCACCACAAAGGGAAGUUCUAUUUUCCGGGCUCAACGAUAAUGUGGAUAAAAAGUUCCUCCAGGAAAUCUGCCAGAAAUACGGAACAAUUCAGACCAUCAAAGUUUACUACGACCCACAAACAAAGAAACACACGGGGAAAGCUAGAGUAACCUUUGACUCGACGAAAGCGGCGAAAUCGGCAUGUUCGUGUUUGGACCACGAGUCUGUCAUGGGAAAUAUUAUCAGAACUCAACUAGAACCAAAUUUAAAAGGUCUUCAAAGUCACAGCAAGCCACACAGACUUGAUUCCAGCACAAAGUCACUUGAUGAGAGUAACAUAAUUCUGGGGAAGUCCUUUCUCCCUCCAAGCAAGCAGUUUGGUGUCUACCCCACACCACCAUCCUCGUCCAACUCACACUCGCCAUCAGUCGACAGCUCAAUGCUAACACCUACACUCAAACAUCCUGUUGAUCCAAGAAAAAAGGUUGGUCAUCCUGUAACACCACCACCUCCAGAAGUUUCUCAAGACUUGGAAAUUGCUACAAGGAUUCAUGAGCGACCGUCAAUGUUGCACAGCCACACUCCCCUAUUCCCUCCUGUUAGAAGCGCUUCCUCUGCUAGUUCCUUUGAACCAGUUUCACCACCACCGCCAGUGCCUUUCAGUAGUAAGGGACCGCCAUCAACAGAAGAUGAGCACACAAUCUUGUUGAAUCCUCCUGAUAAGAAAGCUUCUUCAUUCAUGAAUUACGAAGAUAUAUCUCCAGAACCUGUGUUUUCUCCUCCUGAGAAUCAUUCCAUUAAAACAAAUGAGUUAUCAAAAGGGGGUUCCACGGGUGAAGAAAAUAAGAUUGGUAAGAUGAUAGAAAACUUGAGAAGGGAUUCUGGUAAGCGAACACCACCAAGGGAAAGGGAAAAUAGCCGCUCACCAAAGCACAAGUCAGAAGAACGUAGUCAUUCCUCAAGAUAUGACAGAGAUGAUCGCAGAGACAAAUACAGACAUAAUGAUCAUCGAAGUCGUGAGUAUCGGGAUGGAAAAGAUUAUUCAUCACGGUGGGAGAGUAAAAGGAAUGACAAGUACUCUGACUAUAGGACCAGCUAUCGUCACGACUCUAGAAAAGAUGACUCCAGGAAAGAUUCGUCAUAUGACUAUAGAAGGAAAGGUGAUUAUGGAAGGCCGGACUACAGGGACAGGGAUGACCAUGAUCGAGGAAGGCAUUCAGAUGACUCUAGAUACAAACGUAGCAAUGAGAGAUACACUACCAGUCCAAAAAGAGCUGAGGAGCGUGACAAAUAUCCAUCAAGUCCACGCAGGAGUGAAUCAAGGAAGAAGACAGAUUUUAGUGAAGUCUAUGGAAAGGAUGUAUAUGGUAAGGAUAGCUGCUACACUAGAGAUCGUCACUCAAGGAAAACACCACCUAAAGAAACUAAGAAAAUAAGCAGCUCUAACUCUGAAAAAAGUAAGAGCCCUUUACCUGAUUUGUCCUUAAGUGACUUUGACAUGAGUACUGAUACAGCUACGGAACAAACGGAAAAGAAGACUUCUUACAAAGUAACCUCCAGUUUAAAAGAGAGUGCUGUUGAUAUUAUAUCAUCCGUAAUGACUGCCACAACAUCGAGUAUUACUAAAGUGGACUUAAAUGAUGAAGCUUAUACUGUCGGUGUUGAGGCAUGCUCAGAUGAAGAACCCCUACCACCAGGAGAUGAGCCUUGUGUUUCACAUGAAGUGCAAAUAGAUCGUGUUCGUAAUAGGCUUAAACUGGCCCAAGAUGCAAUUAGGAAAAGAAAACUCUCAUCAAGUGUUGAUGAGUCGCAAGACAAUGGAAAGAAAGCCAAAAAGAUUCAAAUUGUUUUGAAAAAUACACAACUGGGUGAAGGCGACACAGAAUACAGCAUAAGAGACUGCGAUGAAAAGGGUGGUUGGCAUAUGGUAGGCCAGGAAGAUGAAGUCUCUAAGACUAAGUCAACAGAUUUACCCCAAGUUGAGGACAUUUCACCUUGCAAUUCCCCCCCUGGCACAUUGUCAUUAACAAUUGUAGCAAAACCAUGUGAAGAGCAGAGCAGUCUGUAUUCGGACAUUGCAUCAACAGAUGUUGAAACUACUAAUGAUACUAAAAGUUGUGGAAAAGUGGAUGAUGAUGAUGAUGACGAUGACGCUAUGUCUCUGUCCUCAAUCAGCUCCAAUGAAGAUACAUUAGAAGUUAAUGCUCCUGUUAAGAACAUUGACUCUGCACUUCAUAAACCUGUGAUAGUGCCACCUCCCAACCUCCUGUUUUCUUUCCCUCCACCUCCUAUAAUACCUAUCCCACCACCAGCCAUGCCAGCUAUGUUCAACCCUCAUGUCCCUCCACCUAUGAUAGGACCUGUGACUGUACCUCCCCCUCCACUGAUCCCUCCUCCUCAGGCGUCAAUACCACCUCCAACCAUGAUCCAGACACUACCACCACCCAGUGUUCCACCACCGCCCAUCGGAGUACCAAACAGACCAUCCGUCCUAUACCCUAACAACAACCCUUUUCAAAGGAGUGGCUAUAAUGGACCUGGCUUUAUGCCAAAUUACAACAGGACCGAACAGUCAAAGCAAUGGGCUUGGAAAGUACAGAUCAUUGAUGCCGUCUCCAAGAUCAUCAACUCAGAGCUACAAUCUAUUCUCACUAGGGAUGUUUUUCGUAGGCUUGUUGAGGCUUCUGCAUUCAAAUCUUUAGAUGCUUGGUGGGACAAUCAGACUAAACCAAAGCAAACUCCUCAAGUCGAGAGUGUAGCAACCAAUGCACAUGUAUCAACAUCUUCAGUGGGUCAACCAACCAGUACCCCUGCUUCAAUGCUUGGACCCAGCCCAUUUGACCGCUCCCACAGCAUGGCGCCAGGUCUACGGGCCUCCCUACCCAAGCUUCCUACCUUUAAACGCCGGACACAGGAACAAAAGGAUUCAAAUAGUACACAAGAAAAGAGUGAUGGCAGACUGUUGCACUUUAAUCACAUUCCUAAGAGACGAAGACUGCAAGAUUCUGAAGCGGAGUCUGAGCAUGACGCUGAAGUUGAGGCAAGUAGCAGAGAAGGUGAUCGAAGGCAUAGAACCAUUAGUAGGUUGGAGGAGGAUGACAGUAGGAGUCAAUCACCAUGGCAGAUGGAGGAUAGCAUGGAUGGGGCUCCUGCCGCUAUCAGUGUUAGAAAAUCUGAGGUUGAUAGGCGAACAAACACAGGCUCUUCCCUAUAUAAGACCAUCUACUCCAGUGAAGACGAAAGUGAGGGAGAAGAAAGUGAACAAGAGGAUGACGAUAAAGAGGAGAGCGAGAGUGAGAGUGAAUCAGAAGAGAGUGAGGAGGAGAGUGAAGAAGAAGAAGAGAGCGAGGAGUCUGAUUCAGAGGAAAGUGAAGAAGAGGAGGAGGAAAUAAAGGAAAAAGAUAUUGCAGAGCAACUUGAAGAAGAAAACAAAAUCAGUGAAGCUAGUGAAGUCUUGGUGGAAAGAGCAAGUGAAAUUGGAUCUGCUAAACCAAAAGAUGUGGCUGACAAGUCAUCUAGCAAUGUAGAGAUACAUACAGUCCCCCAAACCACAAACUUUGUCACUCCAGAAGAGACAUCGUGGCAGUCAAAAGCACUCGAGGGGAAAGAGGAGCCUGAAGAGAAAGUGGAAGAACAGAAGGUCGUUGACAUGAAUGAGGAUGUACCUGUUAUGGAGGAUAAACUUGAAGAAGCUGCGAAAGUAGCAAACGACAAUAAAAUAGAUUAUGACAUCGUUGAUAUAAAGAAGGAGUCAUUACAAAUGACUGCUCAAGAAAAUCUUCUAAAUGAUGGAUUAACUAUUGACGUCAAUAAAAGGACUAGCCCUGCCAGUGGAACAGAUCCACCACUAUUCUCACCUGGCGGUCAUUUGAUAGCCUCUCUCGUUGAAUUGGACCACUCGUAUGGACUGGUGAAACGAGAGGACUCCCCCAUCAUUGACAUUGUCUCUGUAAACCAGGAAGAACCAGAGUUACCAAAGGUUGAGGAGAAGGUAUUCAAGGAGCCUAAAGUUCCCGAAAAACCCAAACCCAUAUUCCCACUGCGGAGUUUUGAGGCAGAUGAUGAGCUUGUUUAUGAGCUUCUCAAGUCAGGUCUUGAUUAUGAGGAUGCACAUUAUCUCAAAGUUGGGUUCGAGAGGCUGGUACAGGUUGGCUCAGAAUCUGUUAAAGGCGCUAAAUGGAGCUUCCACAGUGUAACCGCCCAGCCAUCACCUCCAACCAAUAGCAGACGCCGUAGGUUACGAUCCGAGGCAGAUGCACGUGUCCAUGUGACUUGCUCCGCCCGUACAGAGGGCUACUACAAGAUCGACAUGAAAGAGAAAGCCAAGUACGCUGAAAAUAUCCGAAGGCAAGUUCAGCGAGAUGAGGUAGCAGCUAAGGAGGAGCAGGCCAAAGAGAAACUGGACGCCAGCAAAGGCAAGCAGCAAUCACGCGAGAACCGUGCGAUGCAGAGACGACUCCAGUUGGCGGUCUGCAAUGAAGACUUUGGCGACAUUCUCAAGUUCAACAAGCUAAGGGUUCGUAAAAAGCAGCUGAAGUUCGCCAAGUCGUCCAUUCACGACUGGGGCUUGUUCGCACUUGAGCCCAUCGCCGCUGACGAGAUGGUGAUCGAGUAUGUUGGGGAAGUCAUCAGACAAGCUAUUGCCGACUACAGGGAGAGGUGCUAUGAAGAGCGAGGUAUUGGUAGUAGCUACAUGUUCCGUCUGGACGAGACCACCAUCAUUGAUGCCACCACUAUGGGCAAUUUCGCACGAUUUAUCAACCACUGCUGUGAUCCAAACUGUUAUGCUAAGGUCAUAGCGGUGGAAAACAUGAAAAAGAUCGUCAUCUACUCCAAGCGCGACAUCCAAGUUGACGAGGAAAUAACCUACGAUUACAAGUUCCCGAUUGAAGAUGAAAAAAUCCCUUGCCUGUGUGGAGCGCCGCAAUGCCGUGGGACCUUGAAUUGAUCCUUGAAGAAUGCUUCAUCGUGAGCUGUUCCUGCUAGCCGUAAAAAAAACUUCACCGGAUGGGACCUACGGGAGUAAAAUCGAACCUGUGGUACCUCUUAUUGUACCUCGACUAUCAUGUACCAUCAAAUUAUUGUACAUAAUAUCCCACUAUGUUGCCUGUUAAUUGCUCGGUGUAUUGGCCCAUGUUAUAUUGCAACUAUGUGGUUACCCCAGGCUUAAUUGUACGUAAUGCAGCAACUAUUUCCCGUAGAGAUCUCGUGAGACCCAGUAUCGAUCAAACGUUCCCGUUUGGAUGCCAGAAUGCGAAAUCAUUCCAUGGUUAAAUUUGACGGUUAUCAUUACUCAUGAAUAGCGUUUCUAUAACAGAGUAAAGAGCUGUACCACGACUGUUGUGCGGGUCACCUGUAAUAUUUCACAAUCCACUUGAUUCUGCUGUGUACUUUCUAGGCACUAAGGAACCGCUCCUUUAAAUAACGUUAUGUGAUUGACAUAACAUCGGCUGCCUAGCACGUGACAGUGCCUAAGGGACAAGCUCGCAUCGCUCACCCAUGAUGCAUUGCUUUGGUAUUGCGUGACGGCGUUUCAGGUUUCGUGAUUGGCAUAAAACGGCCACUUAGCACGCGGCUAGAAAUGUUGUUGCACAUGUCAUAAAAGUGCUGAUUGUCUAUGAAUUACUGAUGAAACAUCAAUUUUGAAACGCAUUCUGGGAAGGAUGGGCGUGUCUCCUAUUGUCUCGGAAUCUCAAAAACUUGUUUGGUGUUACCGUGUUGUCUGUAUAAAAUACAACUUUUCCCGAACAGCUUCCGUUCAGAGCUUGGGGAAAGUUCUUGCAUUGAUUUGUUAAUGCAACCUUGUAAAUAUUUAUGUAUGAAUUAUAUGUUGAAGUCUUUUGAGUAA